UUCUUAGGAGCUUCAGCAGCUAAGAAUCCUCACGAUCACACGAGCCUUCGCGGCAUCGUUGAUCUGCAGAUUGAGGCUAUCACUUGUGCAAACAUACGAGCAUAGUCCGCGAGCGGCCCGACACAAACUGCAAAGUCAUGUUAACAAGGGUUCGUGGGAGGCCUACUUUACUCUCAUAAAUCUCGAUGCAAAAGGCGGACUUUACUUCAGCCUGAGCGAGCUCGUCCAGGAGCUAGUGGAGCAGUUCAAAGCUUGUCCUUCAGAUAUGACACUGGGUAUUUUGUUCAAACAGCUGGAGCAAGAUUUUUCUGGUGUCGAUGCAACCCAUCAGAUUAUCGUCGCCACAUUCUGGGAGGCACAACAGGAUUCCCACCCUGUGAAGUGGAUCAAAGGUCGCCUGAGCUAUCGCAAAGUCACUCUCGAUAGCCUCAAAGCGAUUCUUUUUGGAGCUCUGCAGCGGUCUGCGCUCCCAGUAGAGUACGCCUUCGAGGAGCUCGGGGAGGAGGCUGGCCGCCAGCUGUUGGUAUCGGUGAUACCACAUCUGCUACGAGAGGACUAUCAGGGCAAAUUGCUGGAAAGUCUUUGUAGCGAUUGCAAUUCGGCGCCUUGGCGAGCGGAAGCUUUCGAAGUGCUAUGCAAGGCGGCUCAGUGUUACGGCUGGACCAUCCAGCGAUAUCGCGGAACAGAACGUGUCCGCACCUGCAGGUCUUCGAUUUCACCGCGCUCUGCCAUUGCGUACGAAACACGCUUUACAUACGGCUCUUCAGCACGUGUUCCCGAUACGCCACAUCUCACGCUCCCUUUACGAUCACGGAUGGAGCGUAGCGCCUCUUUCGCAGCUGAGCAGCACAAUUCCGUAACUUCUCUGACCAAAAGUCAAGAUCUAAAAGAAUCAAGGGUGGCAGCCAUUGAAUUAUGCCCUUCUUCCCUGCCACUCGCUCGUGAUACUGGGGCCAGAAGCCAAGCAUUUCUGUCAAUUUCAUCAAAGGGGAAUGAGUAUCACCUCUGCUCUUGCGGCUUAUGGCACCAGCGCAUCGAACUGUGUUCGACGCAGGCACAAACUGCCUUGCCUGUAGUCCAAGAAGCAUCAGAGGACGCCACAAGCGCUCAGCAAGAAGAUUCAGAAGGACAUCCGAUAGAAGACUACUACUCUAGCGAAGACGAAUCUUCGGACGAAGACGCAUCCUCGGACGAAGACAGUUUCGACGAGGUUGAUUCGGACCCAAGCUACGGUCACAUCAUGGAACAUGGAGCUCAUGAUCUGUUCUUUCGUACAGCGACAAAAAGUGUCCUAGCUCGGCGCUCUGAUGGCAAUGUACAAGAUGUUGACAUGGACUGCAAGCUGUCACCCAAUUUUGGGUAUGUCCGGGCACAAACCGCAAAAGCCCUACCAGUCAAAAUUGAGUCGCCUGUCAAAAAUCUGGGCAAGCCUAGCACCGAUCUGCAAAAUCCGGUGGCUUACAAGGUGACUUCGACCGGGCUUUCUUUCGAGGACGUUGCCAUGAUUGGGCCUUCAGGAAGUCCAGGAGACUAUGGCCGUCUUUCAGAAUCUUCCAUCACCCCCGGACAAGUUCUGCUCAACCUCGUCCCUGCCAAGAGCGUUUACGCUGAUAUCGUGUUGAAGCACACUCUCGCUUGUCGCUGCACGUAUUCUGUCGGCCUAUUGUAUCGCAAGGGCGUGCCCCCAACUCCAGAACAUCUAAAGAUAGCGCUGCACUUGGGGUUGGAACUUCCUGAUGACUUCUUCGACAGCGUCAUUCAAGGUUCUGAAUUUGACUCAGGCAAUGGAGGCAAUAGGGACGCUCACUCGGAGUCAACGACUCCAGAGUAUUCACGCUCGAAUGCGGUCACGUCUGUCGAGCUUAGCCUCAAAUCGCAAGGUGCUGUCGCCCUGCUGAGUGUGAAGGAAAAUGGUGAAAUAAUAGCGGUGCAAGAACAUGCUGAAGGUGUCAGGCAAGAUAAAUUGGAGUUUGCGACCGUCGCGCUGAGGGCUUCUAUCGACGCGUGUGCGUCCUUGACCGAACAACAGUGCGUGAAGCGCAGGUUGCUCUAAUCCUUUCGGUCACGCCCCCGGCUGACGAGCAUCCUUCCACAGCGAUGCCAGGAAGGAGUCGGCGGCGUUGUUGGUGUUAGAAUCAGCGGGCGAGGCUUCCACGGGACAUGGGGGAAGAAAGCGUCUUGAUCAUCAGUUCCUCGACAGCGCCAAAAUGGUAUGGGGCAUGUUCAACAAUGAGCCGUUCAGUCUCACGAGCGCUCAAUGCAUUGGUCGCAUUGA